GCGCGUGAAUAGUGCGUGGCUUCCGCGCGUGGUGCGGAGAGGACGGGACAGGGGAUCGGGGGACCGGCGCUCCUCCAAGGCUGGCAGGAGCGGGCCUCAGUUUCUUCCGCUAGAGGAGCGUGGCGUCCGCGAACGGGACCCCAGGCCCUCCCGCGCGGCUCGUCUGCAGGCUUGGCUUGUAAGAGGCUGGGAAGGGACGGAGGCGGUUCGGGUACCCCCACUCUCUUACGGCUCGCAGCCCCCCGUGCUUGACAGCCUCUCAGGUGUCCAGAGCCCCAGCGCAGGAUGUUCGUGCUGGUGGAGAUGGUGGACACCGUGCGCAUACCCCCGUGGCAGUUUGAGCGGAAACUCAACGACUCCAUUGCUGAGGAGCUGAACAAGAAAUUGGCCAACAAGGUCGUCUACAAUGUGGGACUCUGCAUCUGUCUGUUUGAUAUCACCAAGCUGGAGGACGCCUAUGUAUUCCCAGGGGAUGGAGCAUCACAUACCAAAGUCCAUUUCCGCUACGUGGUGUUCCACCCUUUCCUGGAUGAGAUUCUCAUUGGGAAGAUCAAAGGCUGCAGCCCAGAGGGUGUGCACGUCUCUUUAGGGUUCUUUGAUGACAUUCUCAUACCCCCUGAGUCACUGCAGCAGCCUGCCAAGUUUGAUGAAACAGAACAAGUGUGGGUGUGGGAGUAUGAGACGGAAGAAGGAGCUCAUGACCUGUACAUGGACACUGGGGAGGAGAUCCGCUUCAGGGUGGUGGAUGAGAGCUUUGUGGACACAUCCCCCACAGGACCCAGCUCAGCUGAGGCUGCCUCUUCAAGUGAGGAGCUGCCAAAGAAGGAAGCGCCGUAUACGCUUGUGGGAUCUAUCAGUGAGCCAGGCCUGGGCCUUCUCUCCUGGUGGACCAGCAACUAGCCCUGGGGCUCACAGUGACUGCCCAGCCUGAAGACCUGUCCAGACUUGUGAAAGUAGAGAACAGUUGGCACUCUGAGGAGUGCUGCCCAGAGCCAGGCUUGGUGGGACCAGGAGCAGAGUGACAAGUGCUUGUCCUCUUCCUCCCCAGCACUGCUUCUGUGGUCUGGAGCCACCCUGAACCGUUUCCUGUGUCAUGGAUCUAGGCUGGCUUCUCACUUGCUGUACAGCAUAGAAUAGUCUGGAGUUUCUGACCCUCCAGCUUCUACCUCUUGAGUGCUGGGAUGACAAGUGUGUAGUACCACAUGAGCUUACGUGAAGGUAGGGAUGGGGCCCAGGGUUUGUGCACACCAUGCAAACAUUCGACCAGCUCAGCUGCUUCCCCAGCACAAGGACUGAUUUAUUUUUUUAUUUUUGUAAUUUCUUCACGGCUGAGGCUGGAACCCAGGGCCUCAUUCAUGUUAAGCAGGUGCUGUACUACUGAGCUAAGCCUAGUCUUGCUAUGAACUUCUGGCUUUCAGUGACAGCAGAAACAUUUAAUAAGUACUGGUGGUAGCAGUAGGAACCUCCCCAUUUCAGUAGCUGACAUCACAGUCUAAGGUCACUGAAUUGCCAGUCUGGGACAGCAUGUCCUGCCUCACCCCAAGGUCCAUUUAGAGAUGACCUUUCCCAAGCCCACAGAUGUAGGCCUUUGUUUGAGACCAGGCUGACUACUGAGCUUAGGGGCUCUGUAAUAAAGGAGGUCACUCUGGGUCAGUACUGUCAGUUGCUGAUGAAGUUGGAACACUAAGCAUUCUUAAUUCCACAGCAUCUGGAAGGCAGAGCCUCCAAAAUGAACCAAAACCCCUCCCUGUCUAGGAAGUGGAGAUGGAGGCCUACCUCACAGGAAGCCUGGGGCUGCUGCUGCUGCCUCUGUGACCAUGAGCACCCUGUGGGAAUAGAUUGCCCCAGGUCCACAGAUGACUGUCUAGUCCUGCUGUCUCUUUCUCACUGGCACUUGUGUGAUAAAUACUGUUCUGUGACAAACCCCUGUGGCCGGCCUGGGCCUUUCCAUGUGAGAUUUAGCUGAUACAGCCUAAUAGAGCCUAUUUUGUCACAACUCUGCUGCAGAGGCUGGAGGGGCAGACAGCAUGCGACGUUUGUUUAUUAGCUGUGUCUUGGAGCCGGUUACUUUUCAGGCUGUUUUAACUCUGCAGUCUAGGCUGGACUUGAACUCAGAUCCAUUUGCUCUGCCAGGAUUAAAGGUGUUGCCACCACCACCAGCUUUAUGUUUAAGAUAGGUGCUUCGUCUACUCUCAGGGUAAAGAUUAGCUCUAGAACUGUAGCCCCCCAGGGGGACAGAGGAGGAGGCAGCUCUUGGUCACUGAAGCUCACAGUUACUGCAGGCCACAUGUGCAGGGCAGGAGGGGAUGGAAUAGUUUUUCUCAUCACUCCUGACUGCGCUACAGUGAGCAGGGUCCAGAUGUGACCAAGGAAUGAUGGAACCUUGGCUUGAAAAACCCUCCAUUAGCCCAAGCUGAUAAUAGUAGACACCAACCACUCUCAGAACUUUCAGUAGAUUUGGAUCUUUUUUGUUUUUUUCUUAUAAGAACAAGUUUCUCUAAAAUCUUUCAGCCACCAGUGAAAUGAUCAGGCAGAAUAAAAACUUCUGUAGAGGGAGUGCUGUCAUCAAAAAUAAA